UCGGCAAGAGUGCUGUGAUAAGAGCAGUUGAAAGCCUGCAGCAGAGAAAGAUUCCAGCCUCCGCCUCGUGCCUGCCUGCCACCGCUCCCAGCCUGCAGUUUCCUGCAAGGCUCUGGAUUGGUCCGAGGGCGACAGAGGGCUGGGGAAGAGCCUCUAUAUAUUCCUCAGAGGGAAAGGCAGUCCCAGACAGUGUUGAAGGUUCCAGACUCUCUCUGCUGUUAAGAAGUUUUACUCAAAGCCGAGGAGCUGAGCCAGUUGCCAAAAUGUGCAAAGGACUCGCAGCUCUGCCCCACUCAUGCCUGGAAAGGGCCAAGGAGAUUAAGAUCAAGUUGGGAAUUCUCCUCCAGAAGCCAGACUCGGCUGUUGACCUUGUCAUUCCAUACAAUGAGAAGCCAGAGAAACCAGCCAAGGCCCAGAAACCCUCGCCGGAUGAGGCCCUUCAGUGGCGCGAUUCCUUGGACAAGCUCCUGCAGAACGACUAUGGACUUGCCAGUUUCAAAAGUUUCCUGAAGUCUGAAUUCAGUGAGGAAAACCUUGAGUUCUGGAUUGCCUGUCAGGAUUACAAGAAGAUCAAGUCCCCUGCCAAGAUGGCCGAGAAGGCAAAGCAAAUUUAUGAAGAAUUCAUCCAAACAGAGGCUCCUAAAGAGGUGAAUAUUGACCACUUCACUAAGGACAUCACAAUGAAGAACCUGGUGGAACCUUCCCUGAGCAGCUUUGACGUGGCCCAGAAAAGAAUUCAUGCUCUGAUGGAAAAGGAUUCACUGCCUCGCUUUGUGCGCUCUGAGUUUUAUCAGGAGUUAAUCAAGUAGUAAUUGAGUCACACUAUGAAAAUCAUCCUGUGAGUUAAUUCCCUCCACGAUAACCUUGCAUUUUCCAGUAACCUACAUAUCUUCCCACAGCAGCUUUGCUCAAAGAUACUAGGGAGUAUUGCUUACUCUGUUUUUCCAUAUUGUUUUGGCUGUUUAUCUAUUGUCCAAAUGCCUUCUUUCCCCACUUUCUUCUUCCUGCCCCAUUCUUAAUUGAGCCCCACUGAGUUAAUAGUCAGAUCCAAUGAGAACCACAGAAAAAUCCACAGAAAGGCAAAUUAUUAUAAGACCAGAAUAUAUCAUUAAAUGUGGAUUUGGGCAGUAGAUUUCCACCGAAAUUGGUCUGAAAAAGAGUGUGGAUAUGGAAAGACCAAUUUCAAGGGAGCUUAAUUGAUCUCACUUGUUUUAAUUCUGAUCCAGGGAGAUCACCCCUCUAGUUAUUUCUCAUUUGGAUAGUAAAAGGUGAUAUGAUUUUUAUGAGACAGUCGCUAUUUGAUAUUUUAAGCAAAUACAAUAUUUAAAAUAUUGAUCUUUCCUUGGAACACCUUCAUGUUACCUGGAUAUAAGUAAGAAACACAACAUAACCAUGAAAAUAUGAUGUUUAUACAAAAUUAGUCUGAACAUAAUUCAUAGCAAUUCUUUCCUUAUACCUCCCUCACUGCCUCCCCAUAAAGUUACCAAAUUGUGUUUUAAAUCAACAACGUAACAUUAAAAAGAAAUUUAUCUAUGCUCCUAGCAUAUAGGUCAAAUGGUUCAGUUUCCAAAUUAUUUGAAAUCCUUGUGAGUGUAAAAUUCCAAAAUUUCUAAUUCUAAUCAAAAAUAAAACUCUUGCUCCAGUGGGGUGGUCUCCCACCUCAAUAUCAAGAGGGCUAUACUAAAAAGGAAAAAAGUUAUUAAGCUUAAAUGGCUAAUUAUCCUAUGGUGCUAUUAUCAUAGGAUAAUGAAAAUUAUCUUCAAAACACCAAAUCAUCCUUGGAAAAAUUAAGGUGACUAUCUAUAGAAGCUUUCUAAGUGAGACAGAAUUAUCAAGUACCCUGCAUUUUGCAAAGAAUAAAUAAAAAUGUGAUAUUUUAGCAACUCUAAUCUUCCUUCACUAUUUUGCAUCCUGCAUUAGUAAAUUGUGCUUAUAGUCAAAGUAUAGAUUUAUACUCCUGAGAUGCCUCUUACACAGCUAAUUGACAGGCCAAGAUAUUUUUUUAGUAGGUUUAAACUUCUAAUUCUGCAUUUUAUCAUUAUAAGUCUUGUUAAAAUUUUUUUCUAAUCUUUAGUAGAUUUUAUUAGGCAAUGAUUCACAUAAUUUAGUGAUAAAUAAAACCAAACUAAACCAUGUAUGAGGGUAAUCAAGAUGAGGAUAUUGAGUUAAUUCAAAAGAAAGAGGGUGUUUUUUAAAGGAUUAAUAAAGUUAUGAAAUGUUUAAGUAGAAGAUUACAUUGUUUAGUCUUGUUUUCCUCUUUUUGGUUUCCAUUUUUAUUCCACACACUCCUAAUUUCCCAUAUGUAGCUCAUUUAUUCAGUUAUUUACUAAGAAUGUUGAAAGUGAAGCACCUAUGUUACUCUGUUCUUCAGAUAAACACUAACUGUGCUUGUUGAAUUUUUCCUAUUUUUGUGAUUUCAAAGGAUUAUAUGCCCUUCCUGAAUGCUUGCCAUUUGACAUUCUGAAAAUGGGUAGAGUGACUGGGUAUGCAGCCAACAAUUGCUAGUGAUAUGAAUUCAUUCAUAUUUGUCAAUAUUGCCCCCUUCAAAGAAAAUCCUUUCCUCAAGCAGUUCAUAGUGAGGCUUGUUCAAUAUUGUGAUCAUGAAGUUCUUAUCAUAUGCAUUUGUGUAGGACUGACAAGGAACUCUGAUACAAAUUCCCAGGGUGCACUUCUAGCACAAUCUUCCUCAAGAACUGUCUACACUGCCCCAAACCAAUAGAAAAAGUGCUGGCCUUUUACCCAAGAAUCUAAGUGAGUUAUUUUUUCUUGAAUGCCAAAACAGUUUUAAGAAACUAUUUAAUUUAAUUAAAAAUUCAAAUAUUUUAUUCACAUUAUUUGAAAUAGCCAAAUGUUUGAAAAUGCCCAGAGAAUUAACUAGAUACUGCAGAUCUCACCCAGAUAAUUGAUGUUAUGAAAACUCUGAUUAACUGUAUUCACAAAUUGACUGCAUACCCUAUGAAAGUGGGUAGACUGGUCAGUGGAAAACCAGGAGACCUUACCUUUUCAUAACCUGAAUCCAGAAGGCAGAGAGCAGGAAAGGGGGUGCCCCACAGGGGCAGUGCAGUGAGGGCUGCAAAAAAAAAA